AUGGAUUUACCAAGCUAUAGCGAAGAGUAUAGUGACGGUGUUCAACGUUUUUUGGACUUCGCUUAUUCUGAUGGAGAUCCUCAAGGUGAAGAAAUUCAAUGUCCAUGUGCAAAGUGUUGUAACAUCCCUUGGUGUCGAAGAGGUGUAGUAUAUAAUCAUCUAAUAUGCUACGGUUUUGUUAAAGGUUACUCAAGAUGGAUUAACCAUGGGGAAUGGGACUUUCCAAUGGAAGUUGAUGAUGAAGUUAACUUAUAUGAUGACAUCGAUGGGUUGUUGAAUGAUCAAUUUAGAGAUGUUACACAAGCUGAAGGAUGUCUACAUGGAUGGAGUAAUGCAUCCUUUACUUCCCUCUUGGAGUUGUUGAAAGAGGCCAUCCCUGAGUUGAACAUUCGUUUAUCCUAUAAUAAAGCCAAGUCUAUGGUAAAGGAUCUAGGUCUUGAUUAUAAAAAAAUUGAUGUAUGUCCCAAUGACUGCAUGCUGUUUAGGAAUGAACAUAAAGGUGAUGAAAAUUGUCACGUUUGUGGAGCUUCACGAUAUAUUGAAUAUCCUGAAGUAGAUAGCGAGCUUCAGUCUUCUAAAAGAUCUUAUCAUGUUGCUGCUAAAACUUUGAGACACUUUCCAUUAAUUCCUAGACUCAAAAGGCUAUUUAUGUGCUCAAAGACAGCGGAUAAAUUAAGGUGGCAUGACGAGGAGCGGUCCAAAGAUGGAAAGUUAAGGCACCCUGCUGAUGGCCAAGCAUGGAAAGACUUUGAUAGCCUUCAUCCAGAUUUUGCAAAAGAUUCUCGCAAUCUGAGACUUGGCUUGGCAAGUGACGGAUUCAAUCCAUUUCGGACCAUGAGCAUAUCUCAUAGUACAUGGCCAGUUGUCUUAAUUGUGUAUAAUUUUCCUCCUUGGAUGUCCAUGAAACAAGAAUAUUGCAUGCUUUCUUUGCUUAUAUUUGGUCCGCGAUCUCCUGGAAAUGACAUUGACAUUUAUUUGCAGCCAUUAAAAGAAGAGUUGAAGGUAUUGUGGGAGUUAGGGGUAGACACAUAUGAUGCUUCGAGAAAUCAAACCUUUCAAACGCGAGCAGCUCUUACGUGGAUAAUUAAUGACUUCCCUGCAUAUGCUACGUUAUUCGGGUGGAGUACAAAAGGAAAAUUGGCUUGUCCUUGUUGUAAUUAUGGAACUAAUUCUUGCUAUCUGAAACAUAGCCGGAAAAUGUGUUACAUGUACCAUCGUGUUUUUCUACCCAUGGAUCAUCCAUGGAGAUCUAACAAAAGGUCUUUCAAUGGAAAAACAGAAUUUAGGCCUCUUCCACAAUUGUUAAAGGGAACCGAUGUGUUUAAUAUGUUACAGAAUGUUGAAAAUGUGUUUGGGAAGAAGCAAAAGAAAUCAAAUGUCAGUCCAUGGAAAAAAAGGUCAAUUUUUUUUGAAUUACCUUAUUGGCAACACAACUCGCUUCGCCCCAACCUUGAUGUAAUGCAUAUUGAGAAGAACAUGAUUGAUAACAUAAUAGGAACACUUUUGGAUAUAUCUGGCAAGACGAAGGAUCAUGAAAAUGCUUGUUAUGACCUCAAAGAGAUGGGCAUUAGGAAAAACCUUCGACCAAAAGAUACAAAGGAUGGCAAGAAAAUAAAGCUUGCACAAGCAUGCUACUGUAUGACUAAGGGAGAAAGAUCUACUUUUUGUGGUGUUUUAAAGAAUGCAAAGCUACCUGAUGGUAGUGCUUCCAAUAUUUCCCGAUGUGUGCAACCAGCCGAAUGA